AUGGAAGUCACAGAUGCGACGGAUGUGUUGUACCAUGGCUGGGACCUAGAGGUGAUGAGAGACGCUGGUGAUGUCGCAAGCUGUGCACAAAUCUCGUCGUCUAUAGGCUUCACUGCUAUCAACCAGGGUCACCUGCAACGCGUGUCAAUUCCACAAUCAGCGACAAUUGCUCAACCACAGCAGGAUCAGGAAGUGCGCACUACAAGCGGGUCAAAUCAACGUAGGAACCCGACGGUAGCAUCAUACCUCGGUUUAGGUGAUUUGGCAGAGCCCACGCAUCUGGCAGCAUACGCCCUAAACUCGAGUGGUCACCUUCCACAGCCCUUACGAAAGCGUCGAGCGCAGCAAGACGGUGAAAAGACUCAUGCAAGAAAGAGGACAAACACAGACGGCAGAAAAGCGCCAAGACAGAAGCGUGUUUCUGAGAGCCUUUGCGUGAUCGAACACUCAACGCAGUCCAUUACUUACAAGCUGGACGGAUCUACUGAAAACAACCUGUCUACGCCUGGUUCCAUAGCCAUUCUUGAAGCAACCACCCCAGCAAUUGAGCCAUCCCAGACAGCUCGUCAAGGGCAACUCUUUGACAGCAUCACCGUGAAUACUAGCCAUGCUCCACCAGACGAAACAUCAUGUGUGCUUCCUAUUGUCUCGACAGACGAGGAUGUUGAGUUUGAUCAGCUAUGCUUCGAUUUCGAAACCAGUCAUCACCCUACCGACAACUCAGCACACCCACUGUCCAAGUCAAAACCAACUCAGCGUGCGAACCUACGACUCAAUAACGACAACGACUUCGAUGAUGAUGAUCUCAUGGACGACGACCUUAUCGACUUUACGAUGAAUGCUGUCGUCGAUUCGAGCAGCCUAGAGUUGCAGUCGGAUUCAUCUACCAAGAUUGACAUCGUGAAUGAACGUGUCUUGGAGACACAGACCUCUGGCACGUCUGCAGAUGAUACUGCUGUUCUCCACGAAGAAGUUGUUAGCUCACAGAGAAAGUUUGUAUCACCGGUCACCCUGACAACUCGACUGCUUGCAGCAGCGAGCAAUGGUGCUCGCAAGCCGAUGGUCAGGCCAGCUUUCCCUGCUGCAGUUCGUGAUCGCUCGCCUAUCAUCGGGUUGUCGUCGGAAACUGUGCUAAAGACAUGUUUCCGUGUCGGCGAAGCCAUCAACCAAAGCUGUCAAGCAAACAAGAAUGGCAACAACAUCCUCAUCGAACUGUAUACAAGGGUGCUCCAUUCUGAACGAGAUGAUUUACAGCAACGGUUCACCUUCUGCGACCUAUUCCACGCCAAACCGCCAUACAUUCAAGGCGUCUAUGCUGCUGCGAUAUGGAAGUCUGUUCAAUUAUUUGAGUACGACAGCGCACGUCUGUUGCAACAAGGCAGGAUCUGCCGAUGCAUGGGUAUGUUGAAGCGCGAUGGAAAGAACUGGAUCAUGACCGUGUUGAAUGUGUGGGAGGCGACUUGGGACGACGUCCAGUGGGUGAGAGGCAUCGUUAGUUUGUAA